GGGGUACUCAUCAUCUGUUUAUGUAAAAUCAUAAAAUCAAGGUGUGAUCAGUAAUUUGACGUUUCUGUUUGUGUUCGAUUUUAAAAAGUUUUAAUAAACGUUUCACAAGAGGUAUACGUAAGAGAAAUAGUUUUAUAUAGAAGACAUGGCUGACCAUUUCGGCACAAUUUCUUUGAAAUGGGACCCAAAAAACUUAGAAAUACGAACAAUGUCUGUUGAAAAAACACUGGAACCGUUGGUGCUGCAGGUGACAACUUUAGUCAACACAAAGGGGCCAUCCAAAAAGAAGAAAGGGAGGUCAAAACGAGCACAUGUUUUGGUUGCAGCUGUUGAAAAAGCCACAGAGAAUUUUAUCGAAAAAGGGGAAAUGAUUGCUUAUGAAAACCCUGAUAUCAAACAAGAAAUGCUCUCUGCAGUAGAGGAAGUUCGCAAAACAGGAGAAGCGAUGAGCAUAGCAGCGCGGGAGUUCGCAGACGACCCGUGCUCGUCGCUGAAGAGAGGCAACAUGGUGCGGGCGGCUCGCAACUUGCUUUCCGCUGUCACCCGCCUCCUCAUUCUUGCAGACAUGGUGGACGUUCAUCUGUUGCUGAAGUCACUCCGUGUGGUGGAGGACGACUUGGAGAAACUGAAGAACGCGUCGAGCCAGUCCGAGCUGCUGGACAACAUCAAAGCCUUCGGGCGCAACGCCUCGGAGCUGAUGAGCCAGGCGGCCAAGAGACAGCAGGAGCUGAAGGACCCCCAGCUGAGGGACGACCUGGCCGCCGCUCGAGCCGUGCUCAAGAAGCACUCCACCAUGUUGCUGACGGCCUCCAAGGUGUACGUGCGUCACCCUGAGCUGGCCGCCGCGAAAGCCAACCGGGACUACGUGUUCAAGCAAGUGUGCGAGGCGGUGAACACCAUCUCGGACGUGGCGCAGGGCAAAGGGCCGUCCGUGCCCCAGCAGCCGUACGACGGGCCGGGCGAGCUGGCCGCGGCCCUCGAUGACUUUGACGAGCACAUCGUGAUGGACCCGCUGGCCUACAACGAGGUGCGCACCCGGCCGUCCCUGGAGGAGCGCCUGGAGAGCAUCAUCAGCGGGGCGGCGCUCAUGGCCGACUCGUCCUGCACCCGCGACGAGCGCCGGGAGAGGAUCGUGGCCGAGUGCAACGCGGUGCGCCAGGCGCUGCAGGACCUGCUCUCCGAGUACAUGUCCAAUAUGGGCACCAAGGAGCAGAGUGAAGGGUUGGAGCGGGCCCUCGACCACAUGUGUCGCAAGACGCGAGACCUCCGACGCCAGCUCAGGAAGGCGGUGGUGGACCACGUCUCAGACAGCUUCCUGGAGACGAAUGUGCCAUUGUUGGUGCUCAUUGAAGCAGCCAAGGCCGGAAAUGAAAAGGAGGUGGAGGAAUAUGCUCUGGUAUUCACCGAGCACGCAAACAAGCUUGUUGAGGUCGCGAACCUCGCCUGCAGCAUGUCCAACAACGAGGACGGGGUGAAGAUGGUGCGGUACGCAGCCGCCCAGAUCGAGAACCUGUGCCCUCAAGUCAUCAACGCGGCUCGCAUCCUGGCGGCCCGGCCGCGAUCCAAGGUGGCCCAGGAGAACAUGGAUGUGUUCCGAGACGCCUGGGAGAACCAAGUGCGCAUCCUGACGGAGGCCGUGGACGACAUCACCACCAUCGACGACUUCCUCGCCGUUUCUGAGAACCACAUCCUGGAGGACGUGAACAAGUGCGUGCUGGCGCUGCAGGAGGGCGACGCUGACACGCUGGACCGGACGGCCGGAGCCAUCCGCGGCCGCUCCUCGCGCGUCUGCAACGUGGUGGGGGCGGAGAUGGACAACUACGAGCCGGGGAUAUACACGGAGCGCGUGCUGGAGGCAGUGAAGGUGCUGAGGGAUCAAGUGAUGCCCAACUUUGCUCAGCGUGUGGAAGUGGCAGUUGAUGCAUUGUCUUCAAAUCCCCCGAAGGAUGUUGAUGAAAACGAGUUCAUUGAUGCUUCUAGGCUGGUUUAUGAUGGCGUGAGGGAAAUACGCCGUGCGGUGUUGAUGAACCGAACCUCGGAAGAUCUUGACACAGAUACUGAAUUUGAACCUGGAGAAGAUCUCACUAUAGAUACCAGGAGCAGAUCGAGCGCCCACACUGGUGAACAUGGUGUUGAUGAAUAUCCUGAUAUCAGUGGCAUCACAACCGCUAGAGAAGCCAUGCGCAAGAUGACCGAGGAGGACAAGCAGAAGAUCGCUCAGCAAGUGGAAUAUUUCCGCAGUGAGAAACUGAAGUUUGACCGGGAGGUGGCAAAGUGGGAUGAUACAGGCAACGAUAUCAUCGUGCUGGCUAAACACAUGUGCAUGAUCAUGAUGGAAAUGACUGACUUCACACGGGGGCGCGGGCCGCUGAAGACCACGAUGGACGUGAUCAACGCGGCCAAGAAGAUCUCUGAGGCGGGCACCAAGCUGGACAAGCUGACGCGCCAGAUCGCGGACCAGUGCCCCGAGUCGUCCACCAAGAAGGACCUCCUGGCCUACCUGCAGAGGAUCGCGCUCUACUGCCACCAGAUGAACAUCACCUCCAAAGUGAAGGCCGAUGUGCAGAACAUCAGCGGGGAGCUCAUCGUUUCUGGCUUGGACAGUGCUACCUCGCUGAUUCAGGCUGCGAAGAACUUGAUGAAUGCUGUUGUGCUGACUGUGAAGGCCUCGUACGUUGCAUCUACAAAAUACCCGCGCCAGGGGACUGUUGCGUCCCCCAUUGUCGUGUGGAAGAUGAAGGCUCCGGAGAAGAAGCCAUUAGUGCGUCCGGAGAAACCGGAAGAAGUGCGUGCCAAGGUUCGCAAAGGCUCGCAGAAGAAAGUGCAGAAUCCCAUCAAAGCCCUGAGUGAAUUCCAAAGCCCGACUGAGUCAAUAUAAUUUAUUCUGUUGGAAUUCUGCUGCAUAAAAUGAGAGGUAAGUAAAUUAUCCUGUGGUUCAAGCAGAUUUGUUGUAACCAGAUGCAAAGUAUUUAAGGAUAUGUCUCGCACACCAUGUUGGAUUAUUUCAUUUUUCGUCAUUUAUAUUAUUUUAGGGCUGUUUGUGUAAUUCAUCACAUAAUGUUAUUGCUUCUCAUUUUAAGUUUCAUUUCAAAUUGUUGCUCAAGUGUUCAUAAAAUUUAUCACUUAGAUCACCAAUUAUAUCUUAAAAACAACGUUAACCACCUAUCUGGUGAGAGAAUUUGUGACCUAUAACAAAUCAGUACAGCUAUCAAAAUAAAUUUACAGGGAAAUUUGUGAAUUUAUUAUGACAAGAAAAUGAUAACCAUCUUGGCAUGCGAGACCUUGCCUGUAUAGGAUCAAAGGAUGUCAGUUUUAAAAAUUGAACCCUUUUCUUUUGUACUUCACAGACCAUCUUGUGCUUCUAUUUAUGUUACCUCAUGUAUUGAAAUAUUUAGUCAGAAUUUUUACCUAUACAUUUUAAGGUAGUUUGUUACUUGGGGCAGCUUUGACUGAACUAUUAAAACUGCAUUUUGAAUUUAAGUAGAUUUGUGUGAAUUCCAGUGCAGGUAAUUUCAUAAAUUUUAAUCCUUUUUAAGUGGUGAAGCAAUAAUAAAAGUGGUUAUAUUUUCUGAAUAUUCCUUGUAAUGUGAUGAUCAUUAUAUUUGUACUUUUUAUUUUUUGACGUAUAGUGUUGUAUGCGUAGCGGGUUUAGUAAAGUAAUAUAAUAUAAUAGUUAUCUUUUAAAGACUACUUAGCUGUCACAACCAAAGCAUCUUUAUAAUUGUACUAAUUGUAUCUACAUUCAGUGAAUUCGGAGUGUUAGAGUGUAAAAUAUUGUCAAAUUAAAAGACUGUAAAAAAUGUUAAUGCAGAUGUUUUGGCAGAAGUGUUUAAUAAUAUCUACCAUUUUAUUGUAGUUUUUACAAACCAAAUCCAUAUUUUCUGGGUCCAAUGUUUUGUUUUCAUUUAAAUAAUAUUAAAAAUGCAGGCAUUUAUUAAGGUUGUGUGUUUUUCACAGAGUAUUACUACUUAAUAGGAAAAAAACCUCACUUAUAUAAUAAGAAUUAUUCUAAUAGUCCAUCUAUAAAUUAUUAUUUUUUAUUAUUAUUUGAAGAACUAUAUUAUGUUGUUUCUAAUCUAGAAUUUUAUCUGAUUUUAUUAGAGAAAGCAUAUGCACUGUAGUCUUUUCAUUUUGGUCAACUGUUUAGUUUUUGGAUGUUCAUUUCAUAUAAAUUUUUAUUUGCUCCUAUAUAUUUUCUUUUAUUUAUAACAAAUUUGGUAAUGAAAUUAUUUAAAUAUUCAACCAGAAACAGUCGAAUAGGGUGUUGAAUUUGUCGAAGAUGUGCAGAAAUUAAGCAGAAAGUCUUUAAAUGUUUCAACAGAAACUUCUUAAACUGUAUUAAUGAACUGCUAUUAUUGAAACAGUUGACUGUGGAUUUGUACAGGUAAUAAUUGACAGAUAUCGAAUAUUAGUUUUUUUUCUGCAUUGUGAAUUUGUAGUUAGCUUCCAAGGAAUUUUUGUAUAGCCUUGUAUGUGUGCUUUACUGUUUAAGCUUUACAGUGUUUUUACCAGUGUAUCUGUAACUAUUUUUUAAUUUAUUUUUAAUGGAUACUAGUUUUAAUUUUGGUUGGCUGCAUAUAAUAAUAAAACUGUGUUCUUAUGAGGCAAGCUGAUUGAUAUUUUUAAUCUUCAAAAACUAAAUGUACAAUUGGUUUCUGUCACACUGUCAAAUUGUUGUCUCCAACUAUUUUUGACUACAAAGUUUGAAGAAUAACAUGGUACUAAAUAUGGCCUUCGAUUUAUCCAUCAAAUAAAGUUGCACAAGUAACAUCAAACAGGUGUUAAAUACUGUCAUACUAUAAAAGUUUAUUGAUGAACUAAGCUAGUUAGAUUUUUUCAAUUUAAAUAUUUUUAAAUUAUGAAAAUGCAUUACAGUGCAGGAUGGAUAAUUUUUGAAUGUUAGGGUUUCUAUGCAUUUCUUAACAUUUAAAAAAAAGUGUAUUUUUAAAUCACUUAAUAUUAGUUGCAUGAUAAAAUUAAUGUCCUGCAAUAUUUAAAAAUUAUAGACAUUAUUCACUUUUCCCACAGAAAUUUCUCUACAGGUGACUUUCAUAAUAUAACAUUAAUUACCUUUAUAACCUUCUUAAUACUCCAUGCAUGCUUUGCAAUUUUAAGAUUUGUUGGGCCAGAAAUUUGACAUGAUUCUGAUUGGCUCAUUCCAAAUAACAAAUCUUGUUAUUUUAAUAGAAACUCAAGUCAUCCAGAUUGUCGAAAAAACAUGUCUUCAUAACUAUCCAACAUUAUUUGACCAACUUUGUUGGAAGUGGGAGUUUGACACUGUGAAAGGACCUUCUUGUAUACAAAACCAGAAUUAUUGAAAAGGUCACUAUAAAAGUUUUUUUUUUUUAUAUAUAUUUUUUUAGUGUGUCAAUUCUCUGAUGUCGAUGUGUUGCUAGUGACUUUUAUUGAUUUUUAGCAAUUUUUUAGUUCCCAUGGGUUAGAAGCGUAGUAGAAUAUCACAUAUGCAUAUUUUAUUUUAAAUGACUAUCAGUAUUUAUCACUCAAUCUUUUUUCUGCAUUUUGUUGCCAAUUUAAAAAUUACAAUUUUCAAGGUAUAUGGCAAUUUGUUAUGCAUUUUUAUUCUUUUACCUGAAUGGCUAUACUUAAGUUAGUGAAUUUAUACUAGCCACAAACUGUUCUAUAUUAAUAGUGUACAGACUUUUGAAAUUUGGGUUUUUAAAAUUGCUGUUUUGUGUACCAUUGGUGUUGAUUCUGAUGUAGCGCACUCAUUGUCUACUGAAGUUGUUUUUUGAAGGAACUUAAAAACAUUGUAGGCAGAGUCAGGCUUCUCUGCCCAUGCCUUUUCAUUCAUUUUAACUAAAGAUAUGUUUUGGUAUACUGCUCACCAAGAAAAAAAAUUUGUGAGCUGUAUUCUGAACAAAAACUAUGUUUUUCUGGAUAUAUUUAAAAGAAUGGUACAUAUUGAGAAAUUUAAAUUAACCUUUUUUCAUAUUUUUUGUGCUUGACAUUGAUGGGAAGGUCUGUCUCCAAGAACAAAGACCCAUCAAACCAUAUUUGAGUGUAUCCUGUUACUGUGCAAUUUUUUUUUUUUUUUUUUUUUUAAUUCAGCUGUUUGUACAGAUGUGCUUUGGCUUUUGCACCCAGUUUGGGGUGAUGAUUGUCUUUGAUGUCUUAGUUUGUAAUUACAUUAAGGGCUCUGAUACUACACAUUCAUGAUGACAGCCAUGCUGGAUUAGCAAUUUUGUUAGGUAAUUGAAUGUCAAUAUAGUUUUAGUAUGUAUACCAUAAAAAACCUUUGAGUGAGUCUCAAUACUCACCAGUGAUACGCAACACAUUUAACCUCGGUAAUUCUUGUGUUCUCAUGUGGCAAACACAUUUAUAGUACGAAACUUGGGCCUCGGGCAUGAAAUGUAAUUUCUUUAAAAUAAUGUUGAGUGUGAUAUUGACAAAGUAGUUUUUAACUACGUUUGUGGAUGCAAAUCACACCUGAUGCUAGAAUUUGCUACCAGAAUCGUUAAAGAUGCUACGUUGACUAUUUAACCAUUCAUUUAACAAAUUAGCAAAAUUUCAAACUAUUAUGAAACAAUUGUGAUAUAAGCAUAUAAAAUACUAAACCCCAGUUUUAGACUUUCAUUUUUGACAAGAAAUUUUAUUUAAGUACUGCCCAUCUUGUUCAAACAGUUAAUACUGUAAUGUUUACCUUUGUCAUUGUGAACGUUGAUUCACAUCAUACGUGUGAAAUAACCUGUAUUGUGAAGCAAAAAAAAAAAAAUGAAGACAUAGAUUCGGUAUUGAAGUAAAUUAGUUACUGUGUUUAAUUAGCCAUUUAAUUAGAACCCUUUUGUACUUGUUCAAUUUGGUAUAUUUAUCAUUGAGGCCUAAGUGUUUCAUUUUGUGUAUUGAUGCAGAAAAUGUGUACCACAGCAGUAUAAACUUUGUAUGUCAUUGUGAAUGUAAGACUGUCACAUAUCAGCAUAAAUUUUCAUUUUUGUUAACCAUUCCAAAACAUUUUAAUUUGUAUUGAUGUAGAUACUGUAAGGUACUGUAACAUAACUUUUUUAUGACAAAUAAAUAGUUGACCAAA